AUGAGCCGGCCUGAUAAGAGACGGCAUCGCGACUGUGUCGUUGGCACAACUAAGGACGAGUCCGUGAGGCUUUACGCAUUUGCAAAUACCAGGCCGGGAUAUCAAGUGGUGUUUUCCCCUGAGCAGCCACUUAUCGUUUUGAAAACCCGCAAGUCUGCUGACAAACCACGACAACAUCCAUGUAUGCAAUGGUCUCCGCUUGCCUCACUGCUCUUUGUCCAGCUGCCAAACACAACACACGCCAUGUACGUUGCGGACACUACGGGACUUCCGGAUUCGAUGGAGCGUGAGGAGCAGGUUUCAACAACGGUGGGUCCCAUAGUGAAGCGACUCGCCAACGUCGUUGCGAAGCUCAACCCCCACAACGGAACCAUGGUUGCCGCUGGCGUGUCAGGCGUGCUCGCCUUUAAGUAUAUUUUUAUGGGCGAAAAGACACUGGGACACACAGAUCGGCUUGUACAGCGCCUGCUUCUCGUUUGCCCACCAUCUAUACACCCGUUUCUGGCGUUGUUCCAAGUGAUGGGAAAGCGAGUCCCUGAACGUGGUUAUCCAAAGCCAGAGAUCGUUGUCGUACUUUCCGAUGUAUCCGCUGUGAAUGGUUGGAAUGAGUUUCUGACAGAUUUUGCCGCCACAUCUGCCCUCGAAUCGUGGUCAGUCUCGAGCAACGUCGAACCAUCACUUUUUGCUGCUAUACUGAGGGAAGCGGGUAUCAGUGCUGAUGGGACGAAGGUGGCUCUUGAGACCCGGCACAGUGCCCCACGUGUUUAUCGCAUUGACUUUGUUCUGAGCGCCGUUACGAAACGAACAGAGCAGCAGGUGACACUCAGCCCUCUGUCAUCUUCAGGUUGCGGUGAAGAAGACAUGGGAAGCAGUCCCCUGGAAAGCGAUGAUGGGGAAGAGUGCGAGGAUGAAGAAGAAUAUGAAUGCGGAGACCAUGAGCGGGGUUUGGGGAAAAGUGAGUUUCCACCAGUUUGCAGAGGGGUGGGAACCUCGGAAGAGGUAUUUGGACUCAUGUCUCUGCCGAACUGUAAACGUUCUACCUGCGUUGUCGUCGAAGGGCGCAUCAUGGAUGCAGCGGCGACGACGUUGGGCACGACGCAAGGUCGGGUGUACGUUACAGGGAUGCAUGAGGUGCUCAAGUGUUCCAGUAGUGGCACGUCAUCCGUACACAAGUCUAUCAAAGGCGUGGCAGUUCGUCUUCGGUCCUUCGUUAAACGGGAUGAGCAGGGCCGCACCUCGCUGCAGGUGACGAGUGCCGUGUUUCUCACAAAGAAUCAAGAACGACGCUCAAUGACGGUGUGUUCAAUGGCCCAGGUGCCUGCAUACAACGUGUCUGAGGUGGCCCAUGCGUAUGGUGCUUUACUUGUUCGCGGUCGAAAAUGCGUGCUUGUACGUAGUUUGGAUGAAGAAUACGAGGGAGUGCGGCUGCCUUACUUGCUUCACACAUCCUCGGAGGAAUCCUCGAUGGAGUGUGCGGAGCGUGCCCUCUGUGAGCACUGUGAUAUCAGCCCAGAUAAUUUCUACUUGCCAAGUUAUAUUCCACCGACGUGUGUCUAUGAGAAGGACGCGGAUACGGGAAUAACCACCAGUAGGAUGAUGUAUGUUGCCCUGGCAGUGACACCACCUGCAGAGGGUGCGGGUGAUGCCGUGGAGGAUGAGGAGGACUUCAAUGAACCGUAUGACUGGUUUGGCUACACAAGAGCACUUAGGAUGUUGCAGUCGUGUGCAGAUAGGAAGAUAGUGCAGCAGUUGCAAUGCGCCGUUCGCAGUGCCUACGAUGUUGGGCUAUAUAUUCCUCUAAAGGGGCUUGGCGUAUUUGGAGACGAUGUUUUGGGUGUGGCAGGCAGGAGAACAUCUGAGGUGGAACCGGCUUCGGGAAUGAGGAGGCCGUUAGAAGGGCUCGAGCUGUUGGUUGUUUGUUCCCCUGGUGACACCUCAGGGCAAUCCAUGCAAGUGGCUCGGGAGCAUCUCACUGAAUGUGUGUUACGUGUAGGGAACGAAACCCCUCGUUGCGAAAUCCUCCAGGGUGCUCGGGAGACGAUGCAGGCGGGGAAAACUACUCUCGUCCUUUGCCUUCAGUGUGAUGUAGACGUGAAUGUUUUUUCCGAGGAACAGUUGACGUACUGGUCCGAGAAGGGAGCUCGGCCACGGUUGGUGACUCUUCUUUUUUCAGGUGUGAGUGAAAUGAUCCUUCAGGGAGCCGACGAUGGAGCCGAUUCGGCCUCUGCCUUCAUCUAUAGUAUAAUGCUAUCGGAUGUGCUUGUGACCGCAGAGGAAGAUCAGCAGAAGUUCACGUCGGAGAUGUGGGGUCUGCUGCAGCUUGCACAUGAACUGAACGGUGAACUUAUGCUCUGCGCUGGCAUUGUUUCGCGGCGCCCUAUCGAAACGCCACCCAUUGGAAAGGAAGGGGACGGUGGUGAUCAGACGUCGUAUGAUGAAUCUUCGCUGCACGAGAUAACCGUCACCUGCACUGGUCGUCCAGUUGAGCCAUCGCGUCUGGCGAGGUUGCUGGAAGUUGCGGGGUUAGAUGAAUGUUACCGCCAUGCUGUGGUUUUGUGGGUUCAAGGGGAGGUAUGGAUUGCAAGCCGUCCAAAGUCGAGAGGUCUUUUAGCUCUUGACAUUUCGUCGCGCUGCCUCACUCUGGAAGAAGGCGAACCUUGGGAGGAUGACGAAGGUGAUGACCGUGCGGGGAAGGGUGAAGAUAAGCGGCAAAAUGUGAUCACUGUGUAUGUAUGGGCCACUGCCGCGGGUAGAGACGCAGUGAGGGGAACCAUUAAUACCAUUUGGGAGCCAGUUCUGUGUACCGCAAGUCCUUUACCACGUGGCAUUUCAGAGGGCGCUAAGGUAGGGGAGGUCGACGAUGGACUGCCACCGUGGGAGUGA